AUGUCUGAGACGAAACGAAAAGGGAAGAAACCUGAGCCGGUGCCUGUAUCUGAGUUGGCACCCGUAUCUGGGCUGGUAUCUGUGUCUGAGCUGGCACCUGUAUAUGAGCUGGCAUCUGCACCUGAGCCUGUGUCUGCAUCCGAGUCUGUACCUGAGAUGGUGCCUGUAUUUGAGAUGAUGCCUGUAUUUGGGAUGGUGCCUGCAUCUGAGCUGGUACCUGCAUCUGAGCCGCUGCUUUUAUCCGAACCGAGGCCUGCAUCUGAAACCCAGUCGAUGUCUGAGCCUGAGCCGAAGUCAGCGGCUGAGAUGUUUGCACCUGAGGCGACUUCUGCGCCUGAGUUGCUAUUUGCAACUGAACCGGUCUUUGCGCUUGAGUGUGAACCAGCAUUUGUACCUGUGUCUGCGGUUGUAUCUGUGUCGGUACCUGCGGCUGUACUUGGGCCUGCGCCUGUAUCUGAUCUUGAGAUGCACUUGUCGUUGCAUAUCCUUGAAAUAAUCCCAAGAAUUGACACCUUUGCUGUUGAGGAAUCGGAUACGCCUGCUGAGGAAUGGGAUGCUGUUGAUGAGGAAUGGGAUGCUGUUGAUGAGGAAUGGGAUGCUGUUGUUGAGGAAUCGAAUGCUGCUGCUUCUGAGAGAUGGGAUAUUGUUGCUGCUGUUGAGGAAUCGAAUAUUGAUGCUGAUAAAUCGGAAAUUGCUGGUGCUGUUGAGGAAGCGGAUAAUGCUGUUGCUGUUGAGGAAGCGGACACUGCUGCCCCAUUUGAAAUACGAAAACUCCUUGUUGAGAGGAAUUUUGCGACUGAGGCAUUACAAAUCGUAACCGUGGUUGAAAAUUCCGUGGUUGAGAUGGCAUCACUAUUUGAUUUUCUUGGACCAUUAAAGAGUUCUGUUGCGGUUCAGGAAUAA